AUGGCCUUUUCUCCUUUGUGUAUGUGUAAAGAUUUCCCCCGAGAGUGCCCAUCACUUCCCACGAUCCGUAAUGGACACCAUACAGAGCAGCAUGUUGCCAAGUUUGUUCCAGGGUUGUCUGUGACAUUCAGUUGUGAUUCUGGUUAUUUGCUUGAUGGACAAAAGACAAUUAAGUGCUUAUCUUCGGGAGACUGGGAUGGUGUCUUCCCCACAUGCAAAGAGGCCAAAUGUGAACCUCUAGGACAGUUUCCCAAUGGACAGAUAAAAGAGCCUAUAGGUCUUCAGGUUGGCAAAACUGUGCACUUCUCCUGUAAUGAAGGAUACAAAUUACAAGGACAACCUUCUAGUCAGUGUGUAAUUGUUGAACAGAAAGCCAUUUGGACCAAGAAGCCGGUAUGUAAAGAAAUUCUCUGCCCCCCACCUCCACCUGUUCUUAAUGGAAGACAUACAGGCAGCUUUUCAGCAAAUGUAUCAUAUGGAAGCACAGUUACCUACACCUGUGACCCAAGCCCAGAGAAAGGAGUGAACUUCAUUCUUAUUGGAGAGAAGACUAUCUAUUGUACCAGCGACAGCAAGAAGAGUGGGAUCUGGAGUGGCCCUGCUCCACGUUGUGAACUUUCUACUUCUGCAGUUCAAUGUCUAAAACCCCAGAUAGAUAGAGGUCAAAUUUUAUCUAUUUUGAAAGAUAAAUAUUCCUAUAACGACACUGUGACAUUGUCUUGUGAAUCUGGCUUUAACUUAAAGGGCAGCAAGAGAAUUCGAUGCAAUGCCCAGGGCACAUGGGAACCAUCAGUACCAGUAUGUGAAAAAGAAUGUCCAGCUCCUCCUAAAAUCAUCAAUGGGCAAAAAGAAGAUAGGCACGUCCUCAACUUUGAUCCUGGAACAUCCAUAAGAUAUAGCUGUGACCCUGGCUAUUUACUGGUGGGAGAGGGUACUAUACACUGUACUCCUGAGGGAAAGUGGACACCCACUGCCCCCCAGUGCAAAGUUGCAGAAUGUAAACCAGUAGGACCACAUCUCUUUAAGAGGCCUCAGAGUCAGUUUAUUAGGGCAGCUGUAAAUUCUUCUUGUGAGGAGGGGUCCCAGUUAAGUGAGAGUGCUUAUCAGCUGUGCCAAGGUACAAUUCCUUGGUUUUUAGAGAUUCGUCUUUGUAAAGAAAUUACCUGUCCACCACCUCCUAUUAUCCACAAUGGGACACAUACAGGGAGUUCCUCGGAAGAUGUCCCAUAUGGAACUGUGGUCACCUACACGUGUUAUCCUGGGCCAGAGGAAGGAGUGCAAUUCAACCUCAUUGGGGAGCGCACCAUCCACUGUACAAGUGGAAGCAGAGGAAGAGGCUCCUGGAGUGGCCCUGCUCCUCUCUGUAAACUUUCCCUCCCUGCUGUUCAGUGCUCAGAUGUCCAUGUGGCAAAUGGAUAUAAGCUGCCUGGCAAAGGAGCCCCAUAUUUCUACAAUGAUAGUGUGACGUUCAAGUGUAACAAUGGAUACAUUUUGAAUGGAAGUAGUCAGAUUCGUUGUAAAGCCAAUAAUACCUGGGAUCCUGAAAUACCACUUUGUGAAAAAGAAGGAUGUGAGCCUGUGCUAGAACUUCAUGACCUUCCAGAUGAUUCACACAUAAAACUAGUGAAUAGAGCCUGUCAACAUGGGUACCAGUUGACUGAACAUACUUAUGAAAAGUGUCAAAAUGCUGAGAAUGGGACUUGGUUCCAAAAGAUUGCAGUUUGUAAAGUUAUUCUCUGUCAACCUCCACCAAAAAUUGCAAAUGGAAAGCAUACAGGAAUGAUGAUAGAGCACUUCCUGUAUGGAAAUGAAGUCUUUUAUGAAUGUGAUCCAGGGUUUGAUCUUCAGGGAGAGAAAAGUUUGCAAUGCAGAAAUGAUCCUAAAGGACAUGGAUAUUGGAGUGGGCCUCCACCAAAAUGCCUAAAAUCUUCUCCUCCAACUCAUUGUGCUGAUCCAGAAGUCAAACAUGGAUACAAACUCAACAAAACUCAUUCUGCAUAUUCCCAUAAUGACAUAUUACAUGUUGCCUGCAAUCAUGGCUUCAUCAUGAAUGGCAGUCACUUGAUAAGGUGUCAUAACAAUAACACAUGGAUACCAGGUAUACCAACUUGUAUCAGAAAAGCUUUCUUAGGUUGUCCUUCUCCAUCCACAAUUGCCAAUGGAAAUCAUACUGGUGAGAACAUAGCUCGAUUUUCUCCUGGAAUGCCAGUCAUGUACAGCUGUCACCAUGGUUACCUUCUGGCUGGAGAGGCAUUGCUUGUCUGUACUCAUGAGGGUACCUGGAGCCAGCCUGCCCCUUAUUGCAAAGAGGUAAACUGUAGCUUUCCUGAGGAUACAAAUGGAAUCCAGAUGGGACUCCAGCUUGGGAAAAUGUAUCGGUAUGGAGCUACUGUGACUUUGGAAUGUGAAGAUGGAUAUACCUUGGAGGGAAGUCCUCAGAGCCAGUGCCAGGAUGACCACCAGUGGAAUCCUCCCCUGGCUAUCUGCAAAUAUCGGUCAACUAUGCCUCUUAUUUGUGGUGUUUCUGCAGGCUCAGUAGUUAUUAUUUUGGUUGGUGUCAUCUUCUGUAUGAUGUUAAGACAUAAAGAACGCAAUUAUUCUACAAAGACAAGGCCUAAAGAAGGAACUUUUCAUUUAGAAACACGAGAAGUAUAUUCUGUUGAUCCAUACAAUCCAGCAAGCUGA